GUCACAGGCAGGAACCGCCAUUUUGACUGAGCAACCCUAGUGACAGAAGCCGGAGCAGCAGCGCAGGUUGUCCCCGUUUCCCCUCCCCCUUCCCUUCUCCGGUUGACUUCCCGGACCCCUCUACACUCCACAGUCCCGGUCCCGCCAUGUCCCAGAAACAGGAAGAGGAGAACCCUUCAGAGGAGAGCGGCGAGGAGAAGCAGGACACACAGGAGAAGGAAGGUAUUCUCCCUGAGAGAGCUGAGGAGGCAAAGCUAAAGGCCAAAUAUCCAAGCCUAGGACAAAAGCCUGGAGGCUCCGACUUCCUCAUGAAGAGACUCCAGAAAGGGCAAAAGUACUUUGACUCAGGAGACUACAACAUGGCCAAAGCCAAGAUGAAGAAUAAGCAGCUGCCAAGUGCAGGACCAGACAAGAACCUGGUGACCGGUGACCACAUCCCCACCCCACAGGAUCUGCCCCAGAGAAAGUCCUCACUCGUCACCAGCAAGCUUGCGGGUGGCCAAGUUGAAUGAUGCUGCCCGGGGCUCCCGCCAGAUCCUGAGACGCUGUCCCCCUGGGUCCUGUGCUGGCUCCUGCCCCUUCCUGCUUUUGCAACCAGGGGUCAGGAGGUGGCUCGGGUGCGGGCUGGAGAGGCAGAAGCCCCUGCCCGUCGGUGUCCCAGCGCAUGGAGCCCCUUGGGCUGAGCACCAAGACCUUGAACCUUUUUUGUUUUUCCUUUUUGAAAUCCUGGGGGUAGGUGGGAUGGGGUGGGGUAUUUCAGGGAAUAUAAAUUAGGGUUUGGAGUUGGUAAAAACACUCCUGACUAUACUCCUUGACCCUAUGGAUGGUGUGGGGUGAGUGUAAGGGGGAGGAAGUAGAGUGGACUAAAGAUGAGGGGUUCUUAUUCAGCUAUGUUGAAAAAUGCCUUGUUUGCUUGGAUGUGACUGGGGAUGUGGUGUCAGAUAAAAGAAACUGUCCAUCUAAAUAUUACAGAUGCAGAUAGCUCCUCUGGUUCUUCAGGGCAAACUGAAAAUUCAGUGUUAACUGUUAAAAAAACAUGCUGUCCUCUUGAAAUAGAUUGCUGUGGGGAGGAGGGCAGUGAGUGUGGGGUAAAGGGGCCAUGAGCGUGGGGAGCCCCGUAGAGCCCAGGGGACUUUUUCAGUAUUUGAAAUAAAUUAAAAAAAAAAAAAAAAAAAAAAAA